AUGCUUUUUUUAGUCGGCGCCGUAACAAGUUUCUCUUGCGAACAUCAGUACUUCGCCAACCUAACUUUGCACCAAGCUGGGGACGAGGAAGACUGGAGAUGCAUCACCGGACCCGAUACGACCUGGACCAAACUCGACAAGGAGUGUCCUGAUUGCAGAAACAAGGUGCCUCCCACGGAUCCAGUCAUCCUUUCUCGUCCAAUAAGUCCUUUGCUUGCUGCACCAGAAGAUCUCGAAGACAGACGAGGCGCCCUCACAGAGUUUCGUUGCGGACACCACAAAGUUUCCUCAUCAGAUGACAAGGAGUGCAUCGUUCUCGGAGUCGACAAGCUCGGAUUCUUGUUGAUUCGGUCGAAAAAACGUUGCCCCCGGUGCAUCGCAAACGGAAUCCAAGACAACUCCUCAGACGACCAGACCAGCUCCGCAAGCCAACCAGACGAAGCUUCAUACGUUCCACUCGAUGGAUCCGACUUGGAAAUUGCCGACAACAUGGACAUGGGAACUUUGACCAGACAGACAAGACAAAGAGAGGCUCUCGCCACAUUCGAUCAUCCCCCCACCCCCUCAAGAAGAGACAGCAAAAGGGAGAAGGCCAAGAAAAUCGGCAAGUCGCUCUGGGGAUCAAUCAAGAAGAAGUUUUAA